AACUAAUUCUUUGAGUUAAACGUUUUGUUAGUUUCUACUUCCAUGUGUCAAAAUGUAUUAUUUUAACAAAUCAUGUGAUUAAAAAAGCCACAACCGUGUCUCAUCAAUCCAUUCCUAGUGUUGAAUUGUUUAGUUUUAAAACAAUGCCCAUUUGAUGUAUGGAUUUUAUAAAUAAUAGGGGUGAUCAAACUUUAAUAAGUCAAUUUAACAGGUUCAUUAUCGAAGUGAAUAUAUAUUAUAUAUAAUAUAACGAGAUUACAAUGUGGACGGACGAACCUGCACCGUGGGACAUCGAGGAACCCGCUCCGGAAGCGAGUGCCGAGGGUGCGGCGGAAGGUGCGCCCGCUGAGGCAGCUGCUACCGACAAACCUGUCUUGAAAUUGUUAAAGCUUGAGCCGCCACAUUACAAUCACCACUGGGUUCGACCACUGUUUCUUAAUUACGCGUAUCUUUACGAUUAUAGGAAGAACUAUUACGACGACGUGAUUGAUUAUCUUAAUUCGAGGCAGAAAGGUAUAUACCGCGAGCCGCCCAGGGCUCAGGAAUGGGCAGAAAGAACUAUAAGGACUUACGAUCAAAAGAACACAGAUAAGAGCUUCAAGCGAUCGGCCGACAUGAAGUACAUCACUAAUAUGACAUUCACAGGCAGACACUACAGUUAUCAUACUCGUGCUUACUAUAGCCUGAAAUACCAGAAGAUUCUGUGAAUCCACAGACCGCUGUUAAGCAGUCAAAAGACAACUAUCAAAGACAAGUGAAAUUUCAUAUAUCCGUUCACGUAUACACAAUCUCUCAAGAUCUUUAUCAAUAUUUAUUUUUUGACUGUAUGUCUUUCUAAUUGUCUCUCUAUUGUAUUUUUUGUUUGCAAAUAGAUCAUUUUUGUUAGGUGUUUUGUAUAAACUAGUGAGAUAAAUAAUAUUGUAAUUGAAAUGUGAUUGGUAGAAUUGAUAAAAUCAGCAAUGCAACGACUGAUCAUUGCAGCUGAAAUGAUA